AUGGAAUUUGUAUGGAAAAGAAGGUGGUAUCUUCAGCUGGGCUGUAUUUUGACACUGAAUGUGGUUUAUGCCAAUCUAGACUAUCCAAAAGAAACUCCUCCAAGCCUGGGUCAGAUUGACCAUCAGUGCUGGGAGGUGUCGUCCCAUGGGCUUGUGGAAAUGAAGAAACUCAAGGUAGCAGAUACGGUUAUUGCUCUCUGGGACUUCAUGAUGUUCCUAAAGGAAUCCCCUAAGCCCAAGCACAAUGAACUCUUUAAUGAUUUAGCCCAGAACUUCUGGGAUAUGUAUGUAGACUGUGUGCUCUCAAGAUCCCAUGGAAUGGGCAGAAGACAAUUAAUGUCUCCCAAAUACUCUUCCACAUACUCACACAGAACUUUAGAAGGGUCCGCUUUCACCAACCCAUUUUAG